AUGUCCGACGAGAGAUUCGAGAAUGGGGCUCGUGUGGUGAUCCGUGGCAUCGAUGGAAAGAAUGGAGCUGAAGCCGAGAUCGUCUCGUUCGACGAUGCUUCUGCUACGUAUGAGUGCAAGCUGCUCGCAGAAGACUUCGACGGGGAGAAGGUUUUCUGCAAGGCGGAGAGCUUGGAACGUGUAGUUGAUGACAAGGCCGACGAUCCAGAGAAGAGGUUGGCGAACCUGGUGAAGGAAGCCGGCAGGGAGAGGAGCGCGAGCAGCUCCAAGAAGCGAAAGAAGGACAGCAAAAAGAAAAAGAAGAAGAAAAAGAAAAGCAGCAGCUCGGACUCCAGCAGCAGUUCGAGCAGUAGAAGCAGGUCGAGCAGCACCAACGCCCCGAACCGCAAGAAGCGCGGGAUGAUGUUCAACAAAUCGGCUUUAGAGAUCGCCGAGAAAGACAAGAAGCGCCACCGAAGAGAUCGAGAAGGAGGAGCAGCUGCAGCAGCUGCCCUGCUUGGACUACGAUGA